AGGAGAGAGGGGUGGUUGUGUGGAGAUGGAUAAGAUGGGUGUGGGGCGAUAGAGGCAACGCCGUACGGCCGCAGCGGAGUCCUUUGCAGCGGUGCAUCAUCCCCUGCACCCCCAGGACCGCCCUCCGUUUGCCGUCGGGGUGGCCCGGGAGGGGGCAUCCAUCCCUGCAGGGCAUUUCCCAGCGGAAAGACGCGCGGGAGGGGCUGGAGCCCCUUCAGCCCUUCCCUGUCGUCGACUUUCUCGGGGCGAGGGUGAGGGAGUUGCCUUUCCCUUCCCGCUAGUGGCCCACGUGGCCAGCUCCAGGUUGGGCACGUCUACUCGGGAGCAAGUGUCCCACCAGGUGGGUGAUCCGAAGUCAGCCGCCACGAAGCAUCAAGGCCGGAGGAAAAAGGGAUUCUCUGAAAUCUCGAAGGUGCCACCCAAACAGCCGGUGCUUCGGGGGCCCCCUGACAGUUGAUGCUACCAACUGUUCGUGGCUAAGGUGCUGCAGUGCUUUCCCCCCUUUAUUUUUUGUUGCAAGACACUCCUCCAGUUGUCCGGCUGGAACUUAAAUCAAUAUCAGAGGGGGGGGGGUAAAAUGGAGAUGGGUGGCGUUUUUGGCUGCCUUUUUUCAAUUAAAAGCGUGCUUUCCUUCCAGGCUGUAUUGCCUGCGGUAAAGCAUCGCCAGCAUUACAUGGCCAGAGCCGGACUGGGGUAUAUACCACUUUCUCACUCAUUUUUAAAUUGGCUUUUUGAAUUUUCUGCUUUCCCCCACUGUGGCUGGCUGUGCCCCAGACACCUGGGGCGGGGCCCCCUCUCCUCUGUGCACUGCAUGAGAAACACUCUUCAGGGCUCAGUUAGCCUUCUGUGCUGAUCUUCCGCAACUGUUCCGGCAGCAGUUCUUUUGCCUUAAGCAAAUGAAUUGAUUUUUCUCCUUCUAAUGGUUCGGGAGCAAUCUAGGCUGUGGAGGUAUAGGAUGCAACUGAAUAAUAUGCUAUUUUCCCCCCUUUCGUUUGUCAUGUCUUCAAAAAAUCCUCAGUGCAAAGCCGGAAGUAGCUUGCUUGGAGGCUUAGUGAGGGCAGAAUGCUGGGCAGAGCAUGGCUGCAACUUUCGGGAGGAGGCUUGACUAAGUAGAGCAUCUUCUUUGCAUGCUGAAGUUCCCAAGUUGUCUGUCGGAGCAGACAAUACUGGCGUUGAUAGACUGACCGUCUGACUCAAUAUACCUCAACUUCAUCUGACUUCUAGCUGAAAUUAUAUUCAGGCAUUAAGGAGCCAUGGUGGGGGAAAAUAUUGUUCUCUGGCAUGGAACAAUAGAUGACAGGAGUCAAUCUUCUGAGCAGUGGCAGUCUAUCUGAGCGAGAGAAGAAUAAAUGAAGGAGGGAGCCAGGAGGACUUUCUUGGCCAGCAGUUGGGGGCCAAAAAGAUAACACCACUUUACAACACGCAGUCCUAUCUCUUGGAGGAAUCCGACCUCUUUGACCACACGUCACUUCCAGCUUGAACGGGAUCAUUAUCCAGAAUUAUCUGCAGCAGGAACCGUCAUCGGUACAAAGACUUGAAACUGCAGAAGAGGGCUUUCCGAUUGAGCCCAGCGGCCCGAAACCAGUGGCUGACACUUGGAGCUGAACUCCCAACGUUUGAGACCCUGCCUGAGCGCUCGGAGAGUCCUUCAGGACACCCCCAGUUAUUCUGGAUAGGAAUGGUUCCUCCCUUACUGAAACUCAGGCACCUUGGCGCCGUUCCUUCGCUGCCUCAGCGCACCCUGGACUCUUCCUGCAGUUUUAUCAACUUUCCCUUCCCCCCAUGUCUCGUCGAUGUGGAGUUUCAGCGGCAGAGGAUGUAGGGCCUCCUACUUCUCUCAGGCCUGUCCCUACGGAUCCCUGCUGGGCUGUGUGGAAGACCGCCGGGCCGAGACAUCACGUCUGUACUGUUGCCAUGUCUGCCUCCUGAGAUGCCAGGCCGUGGGACAAAAUGGAAGCUGCCAAUGCCAAAUCCUUCCUCUGGGAGACUUUCCCCCCGCUGCCCACUUGUCGCGUGUACUGCAGCCCAGCCUAUCAGGACGGGCACCUCUUUGUGGUGGGGGGCUGCAGUCAGCAGGCGUUCCCCGUGGACACUGGGGACAUGUUGGACGUGGUUUCCCGGAAGUGGCUUUCGCUGCCGCCUAUGCCUACCCCUCGGGCAGGGGCUGCCACGGCGAUGCUGGGCAAGCAGCUGGUGGUGAUUGGAGGGGUGGACUCCAGACAGAGCCCUCUGGCAUCAGUUGAAGUCUACAACAUGGACGAAGGCAAGUGGGAGAAGAAAGCGGACCUCGCGCAGGCAUCGAUGGGCAUCUCUGCGGUUGAGAAAGAUGGCGCAGUUUACGCCUUCGGUGGGAUGGGCUCAGACACGUCUCCUCAAGCGCUGGUGAGGUUGUAUGAGCCGUCAAAGGACCAUUGGCUGCCCCUACCUUCUAUGCCCACACCCUGCUACGGGGCCUCCACUUUCUUGCAUGGAAACAAGAUCUAUGUGAUGGGAGGAAGGCAGGGGAAGCUGCCCGUCACAGCCUUGGAAGCCUUCGAUCUGGAAGUGAGGAGCUGGACACGCUACCCCAGCGUGCCCAGCCGGCGUGCCUUUGCCAGCUGUGCCAUGGUUGACGGCUGCUUUUUCAGCCUGGGAGGACUGCAGCAGCCCGGCCCCCACAAUUUCUAUUCCCGGCCCCACUUUGUCAACACUGUGGAAAUGUUUGACAUGGAGGAGGGGUCCUGGAGUCGGCUGAGCCGAGCCACCCGCAUGAGGGAUAAGAGGGCUGACUUUGUGGCUGGCAGCUUGGGUGGGCGUGUGGUGGUAGCCGGUGGCCUCGGGAACCAGUCAAGUCCUCUAAGCUCCGUGGAAGGGUUUAACUUGGCAAAGAAGAAAUGGGAACCGCUGCCCUCCAUGCCGACAGGACGCUGCUCCUGCUCUAGUUUGCAGGCUGCCAACCUGCUCUUUGUGAUCGGAGGGGUGGCCCAAGGCCCCAGCAGCACCGUGGAGGCCCUGUGCCUCCGGGACGGGGUCUGAGAGACGUGCCCUGGUGGAGGGGGUCCUUCUGCCCACCCCCGAGACGAGCCAAGAGGGCUGAAGUGCCUGACAACGGUGACAAGACGUGCAUUACGAGAGAGCAGGGAGGAGAGCAUGCGCUUUGCCCCCAGCGUGGCGGCCCCGCAGCAGUGACCUUUUCCUUUCGCUGUUUUCCAAACAACGCAUUCCAUCUCCUCAAAAGCGCAGAGUAGCUUGGAGACCGUCUGCGGUCUGUUCUGCAGGUGGGGCAGGGGUCAAGCAGCAGGUCUCUGUUCUCGCCUGCCGGAGCGAGGUAAACUCAGCGGAGCUGACUCUUUCAACACCGGAGCAAAAGGCCCCGGGCCCCUCAGCUGUGGUUUCGUCACUGCACGUUACCGUCGGACUCCCAAAGCAGCACCAAGCGGGUGUCUUGAGAAUAGGGGCAGAGCUGUGCUUCUCAGGUUAGGACCGGCCGUGUAAUUUCAUCGCCCAGCUCACAAUUUAACUCCCGUCUCUUUGUUAUCGCUCCUUCAAUUGGAUUUUAGAUUGUAAGCUCUCCAGGGCAUGCUUUCUCUCUCUCUUUCUCUCUCUUACCGUUCUGCAAAAUGCCAUGUACGUUGAUGGUGCUAUAUUCACAACAGUCCACAUUUAAUGCACCAGAAAAGGGUGAAGCGACAGCCCGAGGAACGGGAGUUGAGCACAGGAGAUGGGGGACACGUGACCACGCGUGGCCCCUCUGCCCGUGUUCUUGCCAUGCCCAUUGAGCUGUGUAAGUUGGCCCUUGGCUGCAAAGGGGCAGUGGGAUUUCCUCAGCUGGCCCUGGGGAAAGGUAUAUGAAGGGAGCUGUCAGGUCAGGAGAGCAGGUACGCCCGGGUUACUGUUUUCAGCUGUCCUUGCUAGCAUUUUUAUGUUUGUCUCUUAUGCUGCACAGCUGAGUCAUCUCUAGGGAGGCUGGGUGUAGCCAUGACGCCUUGUGGUGUGUUCUUAACCCGGUCUGUGUCUCAUGUAGCACAUACGGUGCCCUCUAGCUCAGUGCCUAGGAGGUGAUGUAGCACCUCAUUUCAAUAAAACCGGCGGGAUUUUUUUCCCUCCCAUUCUUUUGUG